AUGACUCGUGACAUAUCAUUACAUGGCCAAGAAAGUAAUGGUCUGCUUGAAAAAAUUCAGGAAUUUUGCAAACCGCUGAUAUUAUCCGAUGAUCAAUUAAGACGUGUAAUGCAAGAAAUGCACAAUAAAAUGGAAAAAGGAUUGAGUGAUCAACCCGGUGUGAAAUCAUGUCUGAAAAUGUUGCCAUCAUUUGUAAGAGCUGUUCCUAAUGGUACGGAAAAAGGUGAUUAUUUAGCUUUGGAUUUAGGUGGUACCAAUUUCCGUGUCCUACUUAUACGCCUAAAUAGCACUGAAGCUGAAAUCUCAGGGAAAAUUUACGGUGUGCCGGAUUCUGUAAUGAAAGGUACUGGAAUCAUGCUUUUUGAUCAUAUUGCUGCAUGUCUGGCUAACUUCAUGGAAGAUAAUGAUCUGAAAGGAGCUAAUAAAUUACCACUUGGUUUCACAUUUUCAUUUCCCGUCCUACAAGAAGGUUUAACAUCCGGAACACUGAUGCAUUGGACCAAAGGAUUCAACGCAAGUGGUGUAGAAGGUAAAGAUGUGGUCCAGUUCUUACGUGAUGCAUGUAAUCGACGUAAAGAUAUCGAUAUAGACAUUGAAGCUUUACUAAACGAUACAGUUGGUACUCUAAUGGCAUGUGCAUUCAAAGAAAAUACAUGUCAAAUUGGAGUGAUUCUUGGAACUGGUACCAAUGCAUGUUACAUGGAGAAAUUAUCAAAUUGUCCAAAAUUUAAGAAAUUCAAAUUUCACGAAGAUAAAUAUCCAAAAGAGAUGAUCAUCAACAUGGAAUGGGGCGCAUUUGGCGAUGAUGGAUGUUUAGAUUUUAUUCGAACAAGUUAUGAUUCACAAGUAGAUGAACGUACUAUUAAUCCAGGAUUUCAUUUAUUUGAAAAAAUGAUUUCUGGAAUGUAUAUGGGUGAAUUGGUACGCUAUGUACUAGUAUAUUUAGCUAAAGAAAAGUUAAUAUUUGACGGAGAUUAUGAUUCCAUAUCACAACCGCAUUGUUUCCCAACAAAAUAUGUAUCCGAAAUUGAAACUGAACGGGGUGACGGUAAGCUUUAUCAGAAAACAAUGCAAAUUCUGGAAGAUAUUGGUGUGGGACAUGUUACAAUUCAGGACUGCGAAAUCGUUGCUUAUGUUUGUUCGGUGAUUAGUACAAGGGCAGCACAUCUUACAGCAGCUGGCAUUACAUGUCUACUGAAUCGUUUACAGAAACCAUAUGUUACAGUUGGUAUCGAUGGGUCAUUAUUUCGUUUUCAUCCAAAUUUUGCCAGAAUUAUGGAUCAAAAAAUUGACCAAUUGUUGCCAAAAAAUUUAGAAUAUCAAUUAAUGUUAUCAGAAGAUGGAAGUGGACGAGGUGCAGCAUUGGUUGCAGCUGUAGCAAGACGUAUUAAACGUGAAGCACAUCAAAUGAGCAAAUAA